GAUCUCCUGUGGGCAAUCGAGCGGUGCUGAUCUCUCGGAUCAAUGUUACGCGGCAAGUGUCUCGUACAAUCGUUAACAGCUGAUCCCUGGGUCACGAUUCCAUUCGUAGUAAUAACGGCUCUCGAGCGAAAGCCAUCAGGCGCAUUCAAAGAGCGAGACGGUUUGCCGAGCUGCUCUCUCGACAGAACGACAAAGGUCGGUGAAUUAAUUAUACAUUAAGCCGUGCCACACAUAAAUUCGUAUUCUCGAGCAUUAAUCUACGACAGGAACGAGCGCGUCGUGGAGAGAACGCGCCGGGGAAGCCUAAAGCGAGCGUUUUAUUUUGCAGCGAACUUGCUCGUUACUUGGCGAAUACGGCCGUACCAUAAUUACACGGUCUAUCCCGGAUGAAUAAAAGAACCCCCUGUGUUUUUUGCAGUUAAUAUCCAUAGUAUGCGAGGGAUAGGGUGGCGCCUUCCUCGACUACGUUUCCCGCGCCCUUAAAAACACAACGCAACGUGAAUUCAGCACGGCAAGAAAUUUGCCCGCUCCCAUCGUGUAUGCGUGUCCCAUAAUUAUCCCUGGUGGUGUGCACCUGCCGUCUUCCGUUUCACCGUUCGCAACGCGCCAUCAAAACAAUAUUCCGAACUGUAAAGACUGCGCGAAUCUUUUACACACGGCGGAAAAUGCGCCGUCAUGAAUUCUCGGAUCGAUUGUCAUUCCGCCCAUGAUUUACGAUUGAAAUGUAUAGUUGGUAAUAGUUACACAAGAAGUAUUCAACCCACAAAAUUAUGAUUCUCGAGUUUUUGUGUUAUCAAUGAGUAAUUCACGCGUCUAUCUAUCUUAAAACGAAAAAUAUUCAAGUCUUAUGGACGCCUAAAAUUAAUUAAAAAACAGAGUUUAUUUUUUUCUAUUAGUUGCGACCUUUUUAUCCAAUUUUUAAGCUUGUAAAUAAAUAUUCUUAAAGAAAAGAGAAUUGACUAUGCAUGACUUUGUGAACGAUUGCGGAGAGAACCUCAGUGCUAUCUAUACUUUUUAAAUCAUGCAUUAAAUUUUCAUCAUUUUCUUUGAAACGUGCUUCAUAUAGGUUAGAUCAUUCUAAUUACGGCCGUGAUCAUGGAAAUUAUAAGGGGGAUUCUCUGUGUAUAAGUCGCUGAAGAAUAUUAGUGGCUUCGAAACUCCGUCGUCAUGGCGAUCAACAAGGAAACGGCACACACUCUUUGCAGUGAUUGCCGGAACGUCGGAAGGCAGAAGCUCGCGGGAACUUUCUCGAUAUCGAGACACGGGCUUGUCGUGCAAAGAUUCGCGUUAUUUUCGUGCUUGUCGUACAAUAAGAUGCGACGAAUUAUAUAGUUUGACAGCUACAAAUCGCGAACGAACGUAAAAGGCCUUGCUAUCUCGUCUUAAGGAGGAAUGAUCGCAAGUAAAACAGAAUAAGCAUACAUGGUAAUUGUUUCCAUAUGUAGCUUAUCACUCGCUCUUGCUUGUCACGGUUCAUUACGUUUGAAUUCAUACCCGAUGCAGUGCGAAAAUAUCGCGUAGUGAAGAGAAAGAUUGUGAGAAGCCGAAUACGCGAAGAGGUGAAACUUAUUCCAACACUCGAUAUAAAUGCUCAAAGAAGAAACUGAAAAAUAGGAAUUGGCUGCAAUGGACGCUGAUGGUGUCGGACGGCAAAGAGUUCGAGGCGAUGUCGUUCUUUGUGGACAUCGUCACCGAGGACUCGUUCUAUGAGAACCUGACCCUGGGCGUGGUGAAGAUCCUCGAGAACUCGCCGUGCGUGAAAAAUGUGCGGGUCGAGAGGCGAAAUGGCUGCGAGCCCGGAACCAUCACUAGCUGGGAGCAACGUCAUUGUUGCACGCUCCCCGAGAACAUUCGGAGUUUCUACGCGUCCGUCGACGGUUUCCUGCUGUUGUGGAAUCUCGACAUAGCGGGUGAAGAAUUUCCGAUCGGCCGCAUGGAGAUCGGCAGUCUAUCAUCCCUAAAGAGGUACGUCGGCAGAGAUAGACAGAUGGGACCGUCGACACAGGACUCGUCAUCGGGAGCUCAAGUGGAGGACCCCACAACGGAACAGGAAGGCGGCAGCACAGAUGUCCUGUUUUCCGGGGACUCACGCGAGUGCAAGCUCUUCGAGAUCGGCCAAUGCUACCCGGGAACCGGCAACGGUAAGGUCUACCUCACGUAUCGUUCCAAGCAGGAGCAAGAUUCACCGAGUAUCUGGCUCCAUCGUGGCAGCAGCUGGUAUCAAUUAGCCGACGACUUCACCACCUACUUCCGCAUGAUGCUGGCUCACUUGGGCCUGCCGUUGUGGCAGUGUUGCGUCGUCGGCCUGCCGUUGCCUACCUGGGUCGAGCAGGCGUACUUUCUGGUGGGACCUCACUUGCUACCGUCUACUGUCGAGCCCAGCGAGACCGUGUCCACGUCGUUAUGGAAUAACGGACCCAUCAACAUCUUGGAUCCGGCUAUCUUCAAGACCAAGGACGGCAAGCAGAGGAACGCUCGCAAGAAGUGAACUUGUGGAUGAUUUCUUGAUUACUCGAGAUGCAUUUAUACUUGAACCUUGUUCGCAUGUACGAAGAAACACGUGAAUCGAGUACUGUAUGAAAGUACCCGAUCACUGGGCUGAAUGUGUAUGCAUAUUUACGAUAGUACAGAUAACGCGAAUGCACUAUGAGUAGUUGGUAACAAUAGACGGAAAACAUUUGAUUGGA